AUGACCAGUGAUGGAUUUGAUUUGGAAGAACUUAUAUUAUCUCUACAACAAUGGAUUGUUCAAGUUGUUGGAAAAGAAGAAUUUGCUAACAGUACACCAGAAGAUUUAUUUGAUGGCAAACUUAUUGUAAAUUUACUUCAAAUAUUAGAUGAUAAUUUUUUUGAUGAAGAAUUUUAUGAAACAGUAUAUGAUGGUAAACCAAAUAAAUCAGUAUUAUUUUUAAGAAUAUGUACAAGAUUAACUGAAUAUUAUGAUGAGGUAAUGCAAAGAGAUCUUUAUCAUAGUCAAAAUUGGAGUGUAAAUGCUGCAAAAAUUGGAAGACUUUUAGAUAUAUCUGAAUUAUCAAAACUACUUUUAUUAAUAUUAGCUGCAGUAACAAUUAAUCAAAAAGCAACUGAAUUACUGAAGGAUUUUUCACCAUCAACUCAAGUAAGAGAAGAAAUAAGUCGUGCAUUGACAGACAUUGAUAGAAAAAUACCCAAGAGGAGGUCAUCUAAAGUAAAUGAUAAUUUUGAAGUACUACAAGGGGAACUUAAUCGAAGUCAAGUAAUGACAAUAAUUACUGAAAAUCAAAGACUUAAAAAUAAUCUUUCAGAAAUGGAAAAACAGAUUAUUUCAACGCAAGAAAAAAAUGCAAAAUUAAUCGAUGAGCUGGAGGUAAAUAAGCAAAAGCUUGAAGAAUUGAUAAAUAUUUCAUUUGAAAAUGACAAAAACAAAAGGAAUUUAAAAAGUUUCCAGGAAGAAAUGAAACGAAUUGAAGCUGAUAUGGAAAAACUUGAGCAUGAAAAUGACAAAUUAAUUAAAGAAAAAAAAGUUUUGAUGGAAUCUUUGAAUGAACAAAGUAGUCAACUUAAAAAUUGCAUUAGUGAAUUGAGAACAGUUAAAGAUAAUUAUGAAAUAUCACGUACAAAAUGCUAUCAACUAGAAAUGGAAAAUAGUGAAUUACAAAAUUCAAGAGAAAAAUUUCGUAGUCAACCAUCUAUUAAUUCUUUGGAAGUUAAAUUUUUAAAAGAAAAAUUAAAUCACUACAUUCAAGAGAUGACUGAUCAUGAUGCACAACAAUGGAGAACUAAAAGCUUAAGAGAUCAAAUAGAAUCAUUAAAAAAUCAAAAUAAAAAAUUGGAAGAAGAUUUUGCUAAGGAAUAUGAAAGAGCAGAAAAUUGUUUUGCUGAAGCUAUAAAAGAAUCGGAACGUGUUGAUGAAUUGGAGGAGCAGGUACGAUAUUUAAAAGAAGUUAAUAAAAAACUUGAAGAAGAGAAAUUAAUAUCAAAUCAAACAAUAGAAGAAAUGGAUGCCGAAAUGAAUGGCACAUUAAAUAAAGAAAGAGUAAAUUACCAUAUAAGUGAUGAGUUAUUGACAACAUUAAAAGACGAAAAUGAAAAAUUAAAAAAGAAGAUUGUUAAAUAUAACAAUGAAAAUAGAAAUACUGAAUCAAUUAUAAGGGAAUUAGAAAUUGAAAAGAAAAAAAAUGAGUCGUUAAGAGAACAGCUAGAAGUAGCAGAAAAGUCAUUAGAUGAAGCAAGUUUAUAUAGUACGCAACAAGUUGCAACAGCACGAAUAAAAAAUGAUGAAAAUAGUAUUGAAAUUUCAACAUUAAAAGAAAAAAUUGAUAAACUCGAAAAACAACUAAAUUGCAAAGAUAUUGAAUUAGAAAAUAUUCAUUUAGAAGUUAAAGAAACUGUAGAUAAAAAGGAUAUAGUCAUUGAAAGACUUGAAAAUGCAAUAGAAAAAGCGAGAUAUGUUAUAGAAAUGUUUCAAGAUACUUUAUGUACAACUAUAGGAUCAAAUGGUGAAACAAUACGUGAUUUGGAGUUAAGCAGGAAAAAAUAUAAAAAGGCGGAGCGAGAAAUUCAAUUAUUAGAAAGAAAACAAAAACAAACUUAUAUGCUGACGGAACAAGAACAACGCCUUAUAACAGGAACAUAUUACCAGAUGGUUUUAAAUUUCUACAGUAGUAGAAAUAAAGAGAAUGAAUUUAGAUCAUUUAUAGAUAAGCAGAUAAAAACCUUAGAAUGCAUAGAUUCUAAAAAAAAAUAG